UAACAUUAUCAUGCCAUCUUCUUUCUUACAUUGCUACCUAUACAUAUAAAUAACUUAUCUCAUUCCUUAAAUCUCUCAACUCUUUGUCCCUUAGAACCAUCAACCAAGAUUUUGUCCAAAGUCGUUACUUACUCUUGUGAUUAGUCGCACCCACCCAAGCUAUCUAGGUUGUCGCGCUUUCUUGCUCAGUGCAUGGAGCAGCUACCGCCCAAACCCCCCAUUACUAUGUCUAUGUCCAUGUCCCACAAUUGGCCUUCCUUUCCAUUCCAAAUCAUGCCCACUCCCUCCACCGCCGCCCCGCCGGGUUCUUGGAUGGAUGACUUCCUCGACUUCUCCGCGUCGCGCCGGAGCGCCCACCGCCGCACUGUGAGCGACCCCAUUGCCUUCGUGGAGGCGCCCACGUCGUUCAUGGAAGAGUCGCAUAACAAUAACAACAACAAUGGGUUCGAGAGGCUGGACGAUGAGCAGCUCAGGAACAUGUUCUCCGACGAUAUCCCCGCCACCAGGUCCUCCUCCAACCCCUCCACGCCCUCGGAUCAGAACAGUACUGAAAUUCAUGAGAAGAAAUCCUCACCCGAGCACCACUGCCUGCAGCCCAAGGCUGAGCCUGGAGAGGUGGAUAGUUCAUGCAAACCGGCCGCGGAGACGUCGACGCCUCCUGAGGCUAAAUCUUCUGACAAUACUCCCGCCGCAGGCGAUACCAUUGUCGACCCGAAACGGAUCAAGAGAAUCUUGGCGAACCGGCAAUCAGCUCAGAGGUCGCGAGUGAGGAAGUUACAGUACAUUUCUGAGCUAGAAAGAAGUGUAACCACAUUACAGACUGAGGUAUCAGCAUUGUCACCAAGAGUCGCAUUUCUGGACCAUCAGAGGCUCCUACUGAAUGUGGACAACAGUGCUCUUAAGCAGCGCAUAGCCGCAUUGGCUCAAGACAAAAUAUUCAAAGAUGCUCAUCAAGAAGCACUUAAGAAGGAGAUCGAGAGACUACGAAAAAUCUACCACGAACAGAACAUGAAGAAGAUGGACAACAAAUCCACCGCCGACGCAGCCGCGCCACCGCCAGCUGCAGCCUUCAGCAAGAGAGGUUGUACGGAGGAGGAACAAUAAUUCUGUGGGUGGAGAAUGAGCGGCUAUGAUGCAAUUCUAGGAAAAGUACGUACCAGAUUAAUUGGCAUGCGAUCACAUGGGGUGUCUCUAUCUUUCUAAUCUAAUGCUGUCGUGGUAGGGCCAUUCUUGUUGGACACGUGGACAGUUGGAAAUCAUGAUCAUGACUUGAUGAUUUUUGUAGUACUCUUAAUUGUGAUUAUUCUUAGUUAGGUUUCGGAUUGUCAAGAACAAUUUCUCCUUGUCAUUCUUAUUUCAUUUUUUUAUUAUUAGACUUCUUUGUUUUUUGUUAUUU